CUCUGCAACCUUCGAUCGCUGGAACUUACAUAAUUCCCAGGAAGACCUCAUGCGCGCAGCUGACGCGGCGCCGGUCAGUGUUGGUCCAGGCUGCUGCUCGCCAUCAUGACCUGCUGUGAUCUGAAAUGCGGGCUCAUCACAGGGACCGUGCUGGGAGCCCUGAUCGCCGUGCUGGGCGGGAUUCUCAUCCCUGUGGGCAACAUGUUCAUUGAAAACACCGUGCAUAAUGAAACCGUGUUGGAAAACGGAACUUUAGCAUUUGACACCUGGACGUCGGUAGACAUUGCAAUAUACAGGCAGUUUUGGCUGUUUGACGUGCAGAACCCUGAUGAUGUUGUAGCUCAAGGGGCCAAACCUGUGCUGGUGCAGAAAGGACCAUACACGUACAGGACGCGUUUUAUCCCCAAAAAAAAUAUCACCUUCAAUGAUAACUACACUGUGUCCUUUGUGCUGCCGGCGGGAGCCAUCUUUGAGCCUAGCAUGUCAGUAGGCACAGAGGAGGACAUAUUCACAUCGCUCAAUCUAGCUGUAGCAGGUGUUUACGGUUUACUCGGUCAUAAACUUGCAAACUGGCUCAUCCAACGCUCCAAUUCCACACUCUUCCAGAACAGGACUGUUAAGGAAUUGUUGUGGGGCUACAAAGACCCAAUGCUGGGCAGCAUACUUGGAGUUUUUUAUCCAUACAAUGACACCAUGGAUGGACCAUACACUGUAUUCACAGGCAAAGAUGACAUCAAUAAGGUAGCCACGAUUGAACGCUGGCAGGGUGAAACAUCACUGAGUUACUGGAAUGACUCUUAUUGCAACAAGAUAAACGGAACAGAUGGUUCCUCCUUCCACCCGUUCCUGGACAAGAAAGAACCCCUGUACUUCUUCUCUUCUGAUAUCUGCAGGUCAAUAUCUGCUAAGUUUGAUAGAACUGUUGACCUGAAGGGAAUCUCUGUGUAUCGGUACUUGUUGCCCCCUGAAGCUCUGGCCUCUCCAGUGGAGAACCCAGAUAACCAGUGCUACUGUACAGACCCUGUGCUCACCAAAAACUGCACGACGGCAGGACUUCUUGACCUCACUGCCUGUAGAGGAGCCCCAGUAUUCCUCUCUCUACCCCACUUUCUCUAUGGCAGCAAUGAUCUCCACCAAGGUGUGAUCGGACUGAACCCGAACUUCGAUGAGCACUCCAUAUUUCUGGAUGUAGAACCGAUUACAGGUUUCACUCUGAGAUUUGCAAAAAGGCUUCAGCUCAACAUGUUGUACGGCCCAUCGGAUAGUAUUAUAAUUUUGAACAAAAUCAAGGACUACACAAUUUUCCCUAUUUUGUGGGUGAACGAGACGGCAGUUCUGGACGAUGAGACGGCCGACAUGUUCAAGAAAGAGCUGAUUGCUCGGAUGGAGUUGUUGGAGGGGUUUCAGAUCGGACUCAUAGUGGUUGGCUUAAUCUUAUUUGCCAGCUGUUUGAUCGGAUUGAUUGUGGUGUGCACGAAACCGAACAAUAACAAACUUUCUUUGGUGGUUAAAUAAAGGGAGGGAUGCUUGGUGCUUUGCGUGUUUGAUUUUUUGAUAUCGCAUUUUGUCGGAAUUGUAUAUUGUAAUUGUUAUUUGCGCUCAGAGUGCCGCAAUUCUAUUUAUAUAAUUUAUAAACUCUGCAUUUUUGUGGAG